AUGGAUAUGAACAAUAAGCUCAACAUCCCCCACAGGUACCAUAUGUGCACGGAAAAGAAUGUGGAGCCAACAGAGAGUGAUGAAUCUGGAAGUCUUCACUUUGAAGCAACACCAAAGAAGAAGGAUGGAUCAGCUCCUCCUGUCAAAGGAGAGCGCAAAGUUUGCUUUGAUAGCCGAGUCCGGUGUUUACACUUCAAAGAAGCAACUAUCACGAACUCAGAUGAUCUCUGGUACUCCAAGAAAGAACUCGCGAGCUUGCGCAAAAAAAACAAGCGUCUCAGGAGGCUUGCAAUAAUGGCUGGGGUUACAUCGUUUGCUGGCGACGACGACACCGAAGAAAUCUCCUUCGUUGGCUUUUGUUCCGAGAUGGAUCGCAGAGAACAAAGCUAUACCAAGGAAGCCACGGCAUGCGUCCUGGGUGAACAAGAGCAACAACAAGAAGACUACUUCGAUGAAGUGGGCAGUCUUUCUGACUUUAAGCUUGACCAAGAAUCCAUUUUGGAAUUUUUCUCGAUCUACUCCACCAGAGCUGCCAAUAUUGCUCACAUGAAGGCACUGCAACUUUCCUGGCACGUUGAAAGCUUGGGAGCAGAGAAAACCACUGUUGCCGAAGGAACCCAUCGAUCAUGCAGUCAACGUUCUCGCAGCCACCAACACUCCAAGGAUAACUCUGGCCAUGGCCCAGUCCGGAACGCUUCGAUCCGACCUGCUGACAGCCUGAUUGCCCGCUUGACGGCGCCAGCAGCGGCUUAA